AUGGCGUUCCACUGGCAGUCGAACGUGAACGUACAGCAUGUUGGCGUCGAAGACAUGGUGCUGCUCAGCAAACUCACCGAGCAGGCCAUCGCUGACAAUCUCAAGAAGCGACUGCACGGCAAUAGUAUCUUUACAUACAUUGGUCCAGUGCUAAUCUCUGUGAAUCCAUUCAAACAAAUGCCGUACUUUACCGAAAAGGACAUGGAUCAGUAUCAGGGAGCUGCGCAGUACGAGAACCCACCACAUAUCUAUGCACUGGCCGAUAACAUGUACAGAAACAUGCUCAUCGACAACGAAUCACAAUGUGUAAUCAUUAGUGGUGAAAGUGGUGCCGGUAAAACUGUAGCCGCUAAAUACAUCAUGAGCUACAUCUCGCGCAUCUCAGGAGGGGGGCCAAAAGUGCAGCACGUCAAAGACGUCAUUCUACAAUCGAAUCCCCUUCUGGAGGCGUUUGGGAAUAGUGCCACUGUGCGGAACUGGAAUUCGUCUCGAUUUGGGAAAUACGUGCAGAUCAGUUUCGGCCGAGGAGGCGAGCCGAUUGGAGGCAAAGUGACUAAUUUCCUCCUGGAGAAGUCAAGAGUCGUACAACAGAACCGCGGUGAUCGUAAUUUCCACAUUUUCUAUCAACUAUGCGCAGGAGCUGGGAAGAAUAUACGAUCAACUCUUGGAAUUGGAGCACUAGAUUACUAUAACUACCUGAACCACAGCGGCGUCUACAAAGCUGCAGAUACGGACGACGCUAAGGAAUUCCAGAGUACACUUCAUGCGAUGAACGUGGUGGGAAUCAACGACGAAACACAGCUUGAAAUCCUGAAACUCGUUUCUGCCGUUCUCCAUAUCGGAAAUAUUUCUUUUAUGGAAGAGAACAACUUUGCUGCCGUCGACAAUGUAGACAUGUUGCAAUUCCCUGCUUUCUUGCUUGGACUUCCGCCAGAGGCCAUUCAACAGAAGCUCACAGCGCGUAAGAUGGAAAGCAGGUGGGGCAAUAAAACUGAGACGAUCGAUGUGACAUUGAAUGUUGAGCAGGCGAACUACACAAGGGAUGCGUGGACAAAAGCGAUUCACGCUCGAGUGUUCGACUAUCUAGUGGAUUCGGUGAAUAGAGCGAUACAAGUCGCCGAUGGUGUCGAUACGGGUCUUUCGAUCGGGAUUCUUGACAUUUACGGGUUCGAGAUAUUCGAUCACAAUGGGUUUGAGCAGUUCUGCAUAAACUUCGUCAAUGAGAAACUACAGCAGAUUUUCAUUGAGUUGACACUAAAAGCGGAACAGGAAGAAUACGUCCGUGAGCAGAUUCGAUGGCAAGAGAUCGAUUACUUCAACAACAAAGUCGUCUGCGAUUUAAUCGAAGCGAAACGGCCUCCAGGAAUAAUGUGCAUUUUGGACGACGUUUGCGCGCAGAAUCAUGGACAGUCCGAAGGAGUAGAUGCCCAGUUGCUGAGCCAUCUGAACAAGACCUUCUCGCAACAUCCGCACUAUCAGCCUGGUGCUCAGUGUUUUCUUGUGAAACACUAUGCUGGCGAUGUGGUCUAUGAUGUUGAUGGUUUUUGCGACCGUAAUCGUGAUGUGCUUUAUCCAGAUCUCAUCCUUCUAAUGCAGCAAAGCUCUAACGCAUUUCUCCGCUCACUUUUUCCGGAGAACGCAAAUGCCACAACUGGAAAACGGCCGACGACAGCAUCCACGAAAAUUCGAAAUCAAGCGAAUGCUCUUGUUGAGUCUCUUAUGAAAUGUACACCGCACUACGUUCGAUGUAUCAAACCAAAUGAGACGAAAAAACCCGGAGAUUGGGACGACCAGAGGGUUCGACAUCAAGUGGAAUAUCUUGGAUUACGGGAGAACAUACGUGUCAGACGUGCAGGGUUCGCAUACCGUCGAUCGUUUGAGAAAUUUCUGUGGAGGUACGCGAUACUCACACAGGAGACCUGGCCUAGCUACAGAGGAGACCCACGGCAGGGUUGUCAGAUCAUUUGUCGAAGCGUGAACAUGGAUCCGGACCAAUUUCAGAUGGGGACAAGCAAGAUUUUCAUUAAAAAUCCAGAGUCGUUGUUCUUAUUGGAAGAGGUCCGCGAGAAGAAGUACGAUGGAUUUGCGCGAAAGAUCCAGAAGGCCUGGCGACAAUUUAACGCUAGGAAGCAUCAUACUAAGCAGAAAGAACAAGCUUCAGAUUUAUUCUUCGGCAAAAAAGAACGACGACGAUAUUCGUUGAACCGGAACUUUGUUGGCGACUAUAUCGGUCUAGAAUACCAUCCAGUUUUACAAAGUCUUGUUGGGAAACGGGAGCGCGUGGAUUUUGCUCAUACGGUAACCAAAUACGACCGGCGAUUUAAGCCGUCUAAACUCGAUCUCCUUCUAACAGCCAAACACCUCACUCUGAUUGGCCGAGAAAAAUCCAAAGAGAAGGUCAACAAGGGCCAAUUGGUCGAAGUGAUCAAAAGGCAAAUUGACAUCGCCCAUAUUCUUUCCGUGGGGCUAUCUCCCUAUCAAGAUGACUUCCUUGUGAUAAACGUUCGCGAGAACUAUAGCUCCCUGCUGGAGACUCCUUUCAAAACCGAACUGAUCACAGCACUAAGCAAACACUUCAAAGAACGAACCCGUGGUGGGAUCCUACAGCUGGAGUUCCUCCAAACGCACACGAUAACACUGAAGAAAACAAGGUUUGGAGGCGGUACACGACAAAUCACCUUCCACCUAGCCGGCGUCGGCCAACGAGCUGAGCUUAAACCGAACGGAAAAGUGCUUCAUGUCACUAUUGGACAAGGUCUUCCAAACACUACACGACCAGCAAUGGCCCGUCCUACAACGGGCUAUCAGCGAAGAGUGGAUAAACUGAGGACUUCAACGCGGAAAACGCCUCAUCGACCUGCCCCUCCUCUGCAUGGUGGACAGGAGUUGAGCAACAACCACGGAAUGACAAACGAGCUUCCCACAUCGAUCGUGGACAGACGACCUUCAGGUCAAAGCGGUGUCAGUCAGAUCUCAACCGGUGAGAAAUCGUCGUCGAAUUCGUCCUGGAAUCAGUCCACGACAACAAGCGUCAGUUCAGCAAAUAAUCCCACCCGGUAUGGCGGAGUACCAACAGCUUUAGUUCAAGGUCGUGCUGAACCACGAGCAGCUGACGUUCGACCCGCUCCUCGACCUAAUAAGCCUAAACCACCGGCUAAACCACGGCUGUACCCCAUUGUCAAAGCUUUAUACGAUUACGAUGCGCAGGAUACGGAUGAACUAUCUUUCUCAGCCGGUGACGAGAUUGAACUAAUGCAGAAACAUGAUUCCGGUUGGUGGCAAGGAAAACUAGGAGACAAGAUUGCGCUCUUCCCUGCUAACUAUGUACAGGAGUGA